ACCUUUGACCUUUAGGAAACCGGAAAAAGCAUGGGACUGUGUAUGCAAGCACUGCCACUGUUACGACGAAGUGUAAAAAAAAACGUUACAAAGAAAAGGUUUUGUGGGGAACAAUGCAGGCAGAAGUUCUCACCCGGCGUCAGCUCAAAUCCGCGUACGUUACUAUUGAAAAGCAGGCCGCUCGCUGGAAGGAAAUCCACGGAAAUUCCGAGCAGUAUGUGAGGUCCCUCUGCAACCUCUCCGAACAGUUGGAGUCUUGUGAAAAAGUUCCCGACGAGGCUCCCGAGUUUUUGAAGGACUUUCCUGAUCUGAAGAGCAGAUUGAGAGCUAAACUGUUGGAAGAGAUGGAGAAGAUGGUGGGAAAACUCAGAGAGACAUUAUGCUCCUUACAAGAAGUGUCCAACAGUGUAGGCAGACAGUAUGGAGCGUCCAUGCACACGUACCAGACACAUGCAGCAGAGCUGGCGAUUCCCAAGGUCGUGGAGAGGUCGGCGACAGAACCCUCCAUGGCGGACAUGUUGGAAUGGUUGGGAGACAUCGACAGGGCAGUUCGAGAGCUCUUUCUACAAAAGCAGUUUCUUCUAGACACACUAAACUAUGAUGACACCAGACAGAUGCAGAGUCUGCAGAGGAGAUGGAAACAGGACAAUGACUUGGACACCAUGGUUAUGGGAAUCUUGGCUCAUCUUACCUUCUUCUUACAAGACACUUGAAGGAGGGAUGCCAUCAUUCAGGUUUUCUGUUUUGACAAAUUUAGGACCUUCAUAAAAAAGCACUGUUGGAAUUCGAUCCCCCCACUAACUUACCUCGGGUGAUUGUAUGUUAUACUAGACUAUUUAUACUAGCUUUUAAGUUUUAUGUCAUACCAAGGUAUUUACUGACGCUGGAGACAAGCUGGAUUCAUCUCCUUCGACUCACUGAAAGUCUAUCAUUUCAUAUGCAGAUAAAGGAAGAGAUACAAAAUGUUUAAGAUACGUGCUUUAUUCAACAAACAAUAAACAACAAAAGCUGUA